CAAAGAACUCUCUCUCUCUGUUAAGCAAAAGCAAAAGCAAAAGCAAAAGCCAAAGCCGCCACUACCUCCCGCCGGAAUCUCACUUGCUUCGUCGGAACCAUAAGAAAAUACAGCUCUUGGAGCUCGGAAAGUUUGCUUUUCUCAUGUGAGUGCUUUUCGUCUUCUUUUAGAUUAAUUUAUAGGAUCUGAAACUGAUUUACUGAGAAAGAGAGACGGGAGGGAAAGAUGUACGUGGUGCCUGCGCCCAAGAGAUCCGACCCGGGAUCGGUGGGAUCUUCCGGUGAUUUAUUGGUUUUCCAAGCUUGGAAAGGCAGCAAUAUAUUUUUUCUUCAGGGGAGGUUUAUAUUUGGACCAGAUGCAAGGUCGCUGUUCCUGACUAUAUUUCUAAUUGUUGCUCCUGUUGCUGUGUUCUGUGUCCUUGUCGCCAGAAAACUGAUGGAUGAUUUUUCUCAUCACUGGGGGACUUCUAUAAUACUUGUUGCUGCCUUAUUCACAGUUUAUGUUUUGAUUCUUCUUCUCUUAACUUCUGGAAGAGAUCCUGGCGUAAUACCACGCAAUGCACGCUCUCCUGAACCAGAAGGCUUUGAUGGGAGGACAGAUGUUGGGGCUGGCCAAACUCCACAGUUACAUUUGCCUCGCAUCAAGGAGGUUGAGGUCAAUGGAAUCACUGUCAAGAUCAAGUAUUGUGAUACAUGCAUGCUCUAUAGGCCUCCUCGCUGCUCACACUGCUCAAUCUGCAAUAACUGUGUAGAACGUUUUGACCAUCACUGUCCAUGGGUAGGACAAUGUAUUGGGCUGAGAAACUACCGAUUUUUCUUCAUGUUUGUCUUCUCCACGACUCUUCUCUGUACAUAUAUUUUUGCGUUUUGCUGGGUCUACAUCAGGAUGAUCAUGGAUGCAGAGAAUACUACGAUCUGGAAAGCAAUGAUCAAAACCCCUGCAUCUAUUGUUCUAAUUAUUUACACAUUCAUAUCAAUGUGGUUUGUUGGUGGUCUUACAGCAUUUCAUUUAUAUCUCAUCAGUACAAAUCAGACAACAUAUGAGAACUUCAGAUAUCGAUAUGACCGGCUUGCCAACCCUUACAACAAAGGAGUUGUUGAUAACUUCAGGGAGAUAUUUUGCUCUAGCGUUCCCCCUUCGAAGAACAAUUUCAGGGCAAAGGUGCCUAGAGAACCUUCUUUGCCAACUCGUCCAGUGGGUAGGUUUAUGAGUCCAAAUAUCUGGAAGAGCGGUGAUGACAUUGAAACGGGCAGGAAAGCAGUGUGGGGUGAUGGAGCUGCUGGGGUUGAUCUUUCCGAAGGCCAACUUAACAACAAUGAUCGCUUGAAUGUCAAGGAUGGUGAAUUAAGUGAAUUGUCUCCAGAUAUGAGAACUACAGUGGAUGAAGUGGGUGAUUGUGUUGGCAUGCAUCCAAGGAGGUCUAGUUGGGGAAGAAAAAGCGGGAGUUGGGAAAUGUCGCCAGAAGUUAUUGCUCUAGCGGCUAGAGUGGGAGAGCCAAACCGUGCUGGUGGGAGUAGCGGCAGCAACCUUCCUACUGAAAACUGAAAUUCAUAGCUCUUAUCGUUAAGAGGCAACCAAGCAUACUUAAACAGGAUAGGGUUUGGAUGUGUUGCAUUUGGAGUGGAAUCUUUGAGGUUUGCAUCACAGUGACAAAACCUGCCUGGAGUGUAUUACCUGCAAUAUGGCAGUUGCCUCAUUUCUGCUGCGAGAUGGUGUUCAAGUGGUUAGCUCUGGUGCUAUUCAGGAAUGAGUGGUUUGUUUUGUGAGUUAGCUUUCUGUCUUUCUAGUUUGGAUUCCCUUUGCUUUCUGGUAUUUGUGAAAUUAGUUGGUGUCUACAGACUCCAUUCUUACAAGCUGGCCAAAAAGUGGAGGUGAUUGUGGUUUACCUGCCAUUUGGCGUACUUUACCAUUCAAUAUAUGCUUCAUCUAAAAUUUUGUUGGA